AUGGCAAGCGUGAAAGAAGUCCAAUUCAAAUCCUUCACCGACCAGAAGCCUGGUACAUCAGGACUUCGGAAGAAAGUCACGGUCUUCCAGCAGCCACACUAUAGCGAGUCCUUCAUCACCUCGAUCCUCCUGUCCAUUCCCGAAGGCGCAGAAGGUGCAUUUCUUGUCAUUGGUGGUGAUGGUCGAUAUUGGAACCCUGAAGUGGUCCAACUGAUUGCGAAAAUUGGUGCUGCAUACGGCGUGAAGAAGCUUCUGAUCGGUCAAAAUGGCAUCCUGAGCACUCCAGCUGCCAGCCACGUCAUUCGCAUCAGAAAGGCCACGGGUGGUAUACUUCUUACUGCCAGUCACAAUCCAGGCGGCCCCAAAGCAGACUUCGGUAUGAAGUACAACCUGUCCAACGGCGCCCCAGCCCCGGAAUCCGUGACAAACAAAAUCUUCGAGAAAUCAAAGUCCCUCACCUCGUACAAGAUUGCAGACAUUCCAGAUGUGGACAUUUCUACAAUUGGUACCAAGAAGUAUGGCGAUCUUGAAGUCGAGAUUAUCGACUCUGUAGCCGACUACAUGGCCAUGCUCAAAGACAUCUUCGACUUCGACCUCAUCCGGUCGUUCUUCAAAUCCCAGCCUGACUUCAAAGUGCUCUUCGACGGUCUGUCCGGUGUCACCGGUCCAUACGGUGUGGCCAUAUUUCAAGGAGAGCUCGGCUUGGGACCCGAAAGCACUCAGAAUUGCCAACCCAGCCCUGACUUCAACGGCGGCCACCCAGACCCGAACCUGACGUACGCCCACUCUUUGGUCGAGAGAGUGGACAAGGAAGGCAUCCACUUCGGCGCUGCCUCGGACGGGGAUGGCGACAGAAACAUGAUUUAUGGCAAGAAUGCUUUUGUCUCACCUGGUGACUCUCUGGCUAUUAUUGCCCAUUAUGCGCAGAAAUACAUUCCCUACUUCAAGAAGCAGGGUGUCUAUGGUCUAGCAAGAUCCUUCCCCACUUCGGCAGCGCUUGAUCUAGUGGCCAAGAAGCAGAACUUGAGCAUCUAUGUCGUCCCCACCGGAUGGAAGUUCUUCUGUGCGCUCUUCGACACCGAUAAGAUGUCGAUCUGCGGCGAAGAGUCGUUUGGAACCGGCUCCAACCACAUCCGAGAAAAGGACGGCUUGUGGGCUGUCACUGCCUGGCUCAACAUCAUCGCCGGAGUGAGCAAAGAGACUGGCAAGUUCCCGUCUAUUGCCGAGAUCCAGAAGGAGUUUUGGCACGAGUAUGGCCGCGUGUAUUUCACCCGUUACGAUUACGAGGACGUGAGCAGUGACGGAGCCAACGACAUGGUCAAGUACCUCAAAGAAAAGAUUGGAAAGUCCGACACUGUCGGUUCAGAGCUCCAAGGCCGCAAGAUCCUGGAAGCAGACGACUUCUCCUACACAGAUCUCGACGGCUCGGUGUCGAAGAACCAAGGUAUCUACUUCAAGUUUGACGACGGCACCAGAAUUGUUGUUCGAUUAUCGGGUACAGGCAGCAGCGGUGCCACCAUCCGCCUCUAUGUCGAGAAACUCGAGGAGGACAAGAGCAAGCUUGGCGAAGAUACGCAGACAUAUCUCCAGGGAUCGGUCGGACUCGCCAUUGAGCUCUUGCAGCUGCAGAAAUUCAUCGGCAGAACCGAGCCAGAUGUCAAGACGUAA